AUGUCGACGCUCGGCGAGCAGCUCGCCGUCCUCGAGGAGACGGUGCUCCACCUGCGCGUGGAGCACGCGCAGCUCGUGGGCCGCCUCGCCGAGCUCUCGGACACGAUGGCGGCGAACAUCGAGGACCGGGACCGCGUCAUCGGCGCCAAGACGCAGGUCAUCGAGGACCUCGAGGCCCAGAAGGCGGGCAUCGUCAAGGAGCGCGAGGACCUGCGGGAGGGCCACGCCAAGGCCAUGGCCGCCGUCGAGGACGGGGAGCGCACGGCGGACCUCGAGGCGAAGCGGCAGACGGACGAGAUCCUCAGCCAGCUCGAGCUGCUGACGGCCUACCAGGCCAUGAAGGUCGAGGUCACGCGCAAGCUCGGCGAGGCCCACGCGAACUUCGACGCCGCGUCGGCGCGGCGCGCGGCCGACAUGGAGGCGCUGGAGGAGCGCGUCAAGGCCGACGAGCUCCACUGGGUCGCGGAGAUGACGCGGUCCGCGGAGGCCGGCGCCAAGGCCCAGCGCGAGAUGAUCGCCAAGGUGAGCCACACCUACGCGACGCUCCAGCGGGAGCACGGCGACAUGCGGGCCGUCGUCGCGGACCAGGCCCGGGAGCUCGACGCGCUCCUCGCCGAGAACGCGGCGCGCGCGCGGACGCGCGACGCGCGGCUCCUCGAGUACGCGUCGUUGGCGGAGAUGAACGACCUGAGCCGGGCCAAGCUGCGGGACAUGGGCUCCCUCAGCGGCGCGGGCUUCGGCAGGAAAAGAGAGCGAAAUUCCCAACUUCAAAGGCUCCUAUCUCGGCCGUUUUCCGCUCGUUUCGGCUGA